CGACGCUAGAUGUGAAGGACUCCUGUGGUUAGCCCAUCAGUACCGACCCCCUGACUUUUGGUAAGAAUCCUCCCAAUGCAUAUCGGCGUUGCCGGAUUUGCCCACGGCGCCGACGGUAAGCUGAUGCCCGUAGCCGAGUGGGAGUCGGCCGCCUUCCGCUCCAUCGGCUCAGCCGACGAGAAUAUUGACCCUGCUGCGGAGGUGCCUGACAAUUGGGCUUGGGAUUUUCUGCCGCGCUGCGGCUUCCUUCCGCUCGAACAGGAAACUGAUGUAGACUGCAAGUUCAAAGGAUUGCAGACUGUAGUGCCAGCGCUGACAAUUACAGCAGUACAAAGUGUAGAGAGAAUCAAAGAGGCCUGCAUAGUCUAUGACAUUUAUAAUAAGCAGCAGUUACACUUGGCCAGAAUAACAGAUGUGGCUCCUGUUAUCCAACAGUAG